CUUUGCAAACCUGGGAAUACUUCAUGUAACUAAGAAAAAGGUAUUUGAAACACUGGAGGCACGGAUGACAGAGGCGUGUAUACGGGGCUAUAAUCCUGGACUUUUGGUGCAUUCUGACCUUGCUUAUCUACAAGCAGAAGGUGGAGGAGACCGGCAGCUCACAGACAGGGAGAAGGAGAUCAUCCGCCAGGCAGCUCUGCAGCAGACGAAGGAGAUGGACUUGAGUGUGGUGCGCCUCAUGUUCACAGCCUUUCUUCCUGACAGCACCGGCAGCUUCACCCGGAGACUGGAGCCCGUGGUGUCAGACGCCAUCUACGACAGCAAGGCCCCCAAUGCAUCCAACCUGAAAAUUGUACGGAUGGACAGAACUGCAGGAUGUGUGACUGGAGGAGAAGAAAUUUAUCUUCUCUGUGACAAGGUUCAGAAAGAUGACAUCCAGAUUCGGUUUUAUGAGGAGGAAGAGAAUGGUGGGUUUUGGGAAGGAUUUGGAGACUUUUCCCCCACGGAUGUUCACAGACAGUUUGCCAUUGUCUUCAAAACUCCAAAGUAUAAGGAUGUCAACAUUACAAAACCAGCUUCCGUAUUUGUUCAGCUUCGGAGGAAAUCGGAUUUGGAAACUAGUGAACCGAAACCCUUCCUCUACUAUCCUGAAAUCAAAG